GUGGCUGCUGCGCAAACACUGCGGACGACCUUAAAUAAGGUGCUGGACUGUGGGCAGAGCCGCCCUGCCUCUCCCUCCCUGAUGCGGUGUCUACGCUGCCUUAUGUCCGCUAUAUAAAGUGCACACAGCCGGCAGAGCUCACAGCUCCAGUGGACAGUUCCGUGGUGCUGAACUCUCUCACAUACUCUCUGCAACAUGACUGGAACCAUGGACGGAUUCACGUGGAAACUUUUUCUACUUUCUUGCCUGGUUGUUGUGCAGAGCUCGGCGCAAGACUUCGGACAGACGCAGUUUAUUUGCACGUCGGUGCCCAAGGAUAUGGACUUGUGCGCGGCCACGAUGCAGAACAGCGGGCCGGCGGAGGACCUGAAGACCACGGUCAUGCAGCUGCGGGAGACCGUGCUGCAGCAGAAGGAGACCAUCAUGAACCAGAAGGAGACAAUCAGGGAACUAACGUCCAAGUUGAGCCGCUGCGAGAGCCAGAGCCUCCCGGCGGCGGGACCCGGCGGGAGGCGGCCCGGGGUGAAGAACACGAUGGGGGAUGUAUCCCGGGGCACCACGGACACCCUGGCCCAGCUGGGGCAGACUUUACAGACGCUCAAACAGAGACUGGAGAAUCUAGAGCAAUACAGCCGAGGGAACAACACCGCGCAGGCGAACAGCCUCAAAGACCUGCUCCAGAACAAGAUAGACGAUAUGGAGAAGCAGGUUCUGUCCCGGGUCAACACGAUAGAGGAGACCAAACCGACCGUCAGGAACGAGACCGACCAGCGGAACAGAGUGGAGUCCACGCUUACCACUCUGCACCACCGCAUCACAGACCUGGAGAAAGGUAAAGAAACCAGGCCCACAGAUAAGUUUCAGCUCACCUUCCCCCUGAGAACCAACUACAUGUACGCCAAAGCCAAGAGGAGCCUCCCUGAGAUGUACUCCUUCAGCGUGUGUCUGUGGAUCAAGUCCAACGCCUCCCCCGGGGUGGGGACGCCCUUCUCCUACGCCGUGCCAGGCCAGACCAACGAGCUGGUGCUGAUUGAGUGGGGGAACAACCCCAUGGAGAUCCUCAUCAAUGACAAGGUUGCAAAGCUGCCGUUCCUCAUCAACGACGGGAAAUGGCAUCACCUGUGCAUCACGUGGACCACCCGGGACGGGAUGUGGGAAGCCUUCCAGGACGGGGUGAUGCGGGGAAGUGGAGAAAACCUGGCACCGUACCACCCCAUCAAACCAGAGGGGGUGCUGGUCCUGGGACAAGAGCAGGACACGUUGGGCGGAGGCUUUGAUGCGACGCAAGCUUAUGUUGGUGAACUAGCAAACCUAAAUAUCUGGAAUAGGAAACUUUCCAUCGCCGAGAUCUACAACUUGGCGACCUGCAACAGCAAAGCACCGGCCGGCAACGUGUUCUCCUGGACGGAGAGCAACAUCGAAAUAUUUGGCGGCACGACCAAAUGGACCUUCGAGCCGUGCCAUUCGCUCAACUGAACUGCAAGAGAGGCCUCUCUGUAUUUCUGAGCUUUUGUCAUUCUUGUCUUCAUUUGACAUUCGUUAGAGACUAUUUCAGUUAUAUUGGUAAGCUUAAAUCUGGGAUUUCUAUCAUUCUUAGGUAUUUAUGUGCACUUUUCAUCUUGAGGAAAAAAAAUAUCGUCUUGGAAGCCUCGGUGAGAAGGUUUUUGUUCCUCCUUUUUUUCUUGGGCGUUCAGUUGAAAGCACACCUAAGCUUUUUCGUUUGGCUGACUUGGACUGGCAGCUGGCAAUCUGCGCCUUAUGUUCGGACAAUUCACAAUCCAAGAGAGGAAUUACAUAAACCGUCCGCCCCCCCCCCC